AUGGCUGCGAAGUUCGUAGAACUCUUACAGCAAUAUGCAAAAAGGAGGAGUAUAGACACAAGUAGAGAGAAAGGCCCUGGGAGUUUUCAGGAUUUAAUUUGGAAAGAUAUAGAAAUAAUUUUCAAGGAAUUAAUGAUAUAUAAAAGAGGGUCAGAGCCAAGUAUAAAUACAUUGUGUUACCACCGUGGAAAGAUCAAUGGCAGGCAACUAAAGGGUCAUGUACAGAGGGCUUUUUGUGUAGACAUAAUGAGAGUAUUUUUUUUUAUGGAUGGAAUUAAAAGUACGACGGGUGCAGGAUCAGUUUUAAACAAUGAAGAGGACGAGUUAGUACAAUACCUCAGGUGCAUUAUAGGAAGUGUUUAUUUAUUAAAAUGGUCUAAGGAUAAAUGUCACAUGGAGGGAGUGAUUGAUUACGUAAGGGAUGCAAUGAGAGGAAUGGUAAUGCUAUAUGCAGCAAGUGGAGGAAGUGAUAAGUGUCAUUGGAUAGAUAUGGAACACAUAGGGGUUGGGGGUAGAAUAGUUGCAGCGGAGGUAGAGAAGUGGAUGGACCAGAAUAAAGGGAGGACCAGAAAAAUUGAGAGGGGCAUUAAGAUAUGUUCACAGGAGAAAAAUAGGGGAAAGCAUACAUCCGAGGGAAGGAGUAACACAGGAACAGGUAUAUCGGUGCUAUUAAAGGAGAAGGAUGAAGGGCAGAUCCGGAAGUUUAUUGAUGAAGAGAAGCAUAUGCCAAAGGAAGUUGCACAGGAAAUAAUAAGAAAAGUAGUAAGCGGACAACUCGAUGCCAAGAAAUUACAGGAAAAAAUAAGCGAAGGAGUACGAGAUGGGUGGUCUACUGGAAAAAGUACAGAAGUAAACGGGCAACCCACAAGAGGACCUGAUGCCGAGUCCAAAGUUACACAAACCAAAGGGGGCAUAUCCGGUCCGGUGCACACAUCAACAACAUCACCACCGACCCGCUCAGGAAAUGGUCCUGUGGAUGAAUCGACUACCGUUAGCAAACCCGCCACUGACAAACCAUCAACUCAUGAGCCGGCAACAGCGGCAACACCAUCAGCACAGGUACCGACAGCAUCAGACCAGAGCAACAAGACAGGCCAGGACUCCUCUCCGAAGGCUUCAGGGAAAGAAAAAGCAAGUAACGGACCACAGGGAACAGGCACCACACCAUCAGGAACAUCAGCAGAUACAUCAAACCUGGGAAGGGCAGAUGUCACACCUGGACGAAAGGACGGGGGUUCCCAACCACAAGCACCUGCAUCCCCAGUCUUACCAGCAGCACCACCACCUCCUGCUCCACCACCAGAACCGGCACCAGAAGAAGGGAAAAACGGAGCACAAGGUGAUGCAGCACCGGCACCACCAGCAGGAGCAGAACUAGGGCGCAAGGGUGAUGCAGGACCAGCUGGUCCACAGGGAGAAACUGGAGCAGAGGGUGAAGCAGGUCCAACCGGACCACAGGCGGAUCCCGCAUCAGGGGCAGCUGCUGGACAAGCUCCAGAUAGUAAAGAACCACGACAACCGGGAUCGUCCGCGGUUGAAGACUAUAAGAGCAUAUGUGAACACACGGACUCCGGUCCACAGAGCACUACUGUAAUAUCCUCCGGUGAUUCAAGUGUUAGUAUUACGCCUGUUACUUACACUUAUGGGGCGGCAGCACCAUGUAAAUUUCUGCAGGAACUCGCACAACAGGAGGAAAGAGCAAAGUCCACCCCGAAAACUGUGGAGAACACAAAAAAUGCUACACGAGACCGUGCUCCCAGCGGGGAAACUAAUGUACAAGAUAAGAAGACUGACGUGAAGGUUGUAGAAACUCCUGAGGAUAAGUCACGGGAAGGAACAAAAGGAGAACCAGCAGCGCCACAAGCAGCUGCUGCACCAGCACAGCCGUCAUCGGGAGGUAAGGCAACACCCACGACUGUCACAACUGGGGACAGUGUACACGGAGAUCCUCAGAAACCUUCAGCUGGUACUAAUCCUGGGGCCACUGUAGGCACAAGCACAGACUCCUCCGGCAUAUGGACUAUAGAUCUGGAGGAUAAGGAACUGUGGGGAAUAGGCUCCGGAAAAACAGUAUCCGGGACGUGCAGGACAUCCGGAACAGGAACAACACGCCCAGACGGUAAGCCGGAUGAUAGUGGACGUGGAGGGCGACGUGGUGCAUCCGGUUCCUCCCAGGGUCAGCCUCCUAAUAAGGCCAAGGAUGAUUAUCCAUUUGACUUUGAUAAUAUGUUGAGCACAAAGGCAGGUAGCCCUGUUGGAGGAUAUGUACCACCUACACUAGAUCCAGGAACGCACAAUACAACACCUGGUGAAAUUCUACAUCGACCUGCGUAUAGUGGCCCUGUUGCACCCGACCUAACCGGCCCUAUCCUUACCGCCACUACUCCCAUCCUGUUCUUCCUGUCCGCCGUCACCGUCGCCUUCCUUGGUUAUUCCCUUUGGAAGUACUUUGCGCACCUCGCCAAACGACGACGAACGUUUCGCACCGUUCGUGACGUCCCGUCACCUCCACUCGACGAAGAAAUUCUAGACCAUCUACAACGCGGCGACCUGCCGCCACCCGAUUACGGGUACACGAUGGUUAUGGAUAGGCGGCCUGCGUCAACAUCCGACCGACGACGACGACGUAAACCGCGCGUGAAUCGCCGCACCAUCAUCGAACUACAUCUAGAAGUGCUCAACGAAUGUGAAGCGACCGAAUGGGAAAACGUCAAAGACGACUAUUGGCAGAUUGUCGUGCAUGAGUUUGCACAGGAGUUGAUGCGGGACGACGACACGAAUAACACUAUCUUGGAUGUUUCUACGUCAGACCAGGAUUUACCAGGGACCACUGUUUCCUACACUGACUCCGACGGAACUGAUAUAUGUCCACCACAUGACCCCGAUCCAUGGAGUUGUAUGGAAACCAUGCAGUUCGACACGGACCCUUGUCCAGAUGAUGACCCCGAUCCAUGGAGUUGUAUGGAAACCAUACAGUUAGACGAGGAACAGCAUUCCUAUCCCUGUCCCUAUUCCCCGGGGACUGAAAUUCCAGAAUCAGAAAGCACUAAGUGGAUCCCUUGGAUUGAGCAUAAUAAGUACCUUUUACGACAGUGUACGGGAGAAACGUGGUUUUUGCAAUUAACAGCGGAUUGGAAACAAUACCUGCGUGAGCACAUGGUGGCAAACGGAGCAUCCGGUGAGCACAGGAAAGCCGCAACCCUGGAGAGGAAGAACCUGGACUUGUGGAGACAGUGGACAGCGCAACAACAUCGGCAAAUGAGUAUGUAUGGCCAGGAGGCGUGGUUUAAGCAUUUGUUAGACAAUAUCGCGGAGGAGACAGUGUCGGACACAGGCGAAGUACCACGAGUAGAAACACACUUAGAAGUGGAAAAAGUAAUGGCCGCACAAGAUAUACUGAUCGUGCGAGUUGCACCACGCACGCAACUGCAUCAGGCACCGCACAUGAAAAAACCGUUAACCGCUAAAAUAUGGAUACUGAUCCUGGCAUUAGUCAUAGAACAGUGCGAAAUCGAACGUCGUGCGCAAGAGAAGGAGUUAUAUGUAGAUAAUCUAUUGGAGAAGCUCUGA